AUGGCCGUAACGUCCAUCAAGCCCGGCGGCGCCGGCCCGCUCACCACCGUCUUCACAACGCCCGACUUUUGCGCCGCGAGCGCGUGGAACGAUGUCGGCACCCCGCCGCUGUCGAGCUCCAUCUGCAUGCCGCCCGACGGUUGGACCGAGUACUGGAACUCCCGGGCCGGCUUCUUCUCCCCGGCAAUCUGCCCCAAGGGCUACACGCGCGGGUGCACCAUACCCACCGACUUGGCGACGGGCAUGUCACUAGGCGGGCCGCUGACGGCGAGUGCAGGGGAGACGGGGCAUAUUUGUUGUCCGACAGGAUACACAUGCUUCCCCGGCGACAGCUUGACCGAACCCUGGCCGUACAGCAAAUGCCAGGCCACCGCACCAACGACGUACGAAACCUCUAACGAGGCCACCUCCGUCUUCCUGACCACCACGAGUCAGCUCGUCUACGCCAUCCAGGUCCGCUGGCGCGAGUCCGACCUGCCGCAGCUGGAAACGAACCCCACCGUCUACGGCCAGAUCAUGACGGCGACGGCAACCGCGUCGGCGGCAUCCCGCUCGACCGCUGCCGCGACGGCGACGAGCACCAAUCCAGCGGACGGCGGUGAUGACGGCGGCGGUGGCGGCGGCGACAGCGGCGACGGCGGUCGUCUGUCCACCGGCGCGCAGAUCGGCAUCAUCGUCGGCGCCGUCGCGGGCGUCAUCGCGCUGGCCGUCGGCGCGUACCUGCUGUGGCGGCGCCGCGAGGACCGCAAGCGGCACCGGCUGCUCAGCCAGACGGCGCCCGAGGAGGAGAUGAAGCCCGGCAGCAACUCGUCGUACCGCCACAUCUCCGAGGACCACCAACACCAACACUUGGCCGUGCCGCACGCGGACACCGCCGGCAACAGCCCCGUGUCGCCGCUGUCGCCCGCGGCCGGGCCGCCGCCCUCGACGGCGGCGACGGAGAUGCACGGGAGCACCGCGUUCGCGGCCGAGCUGCCGGGGAGCCAGGUGUUUCCGGUCGAGGCCCCGGCUGGGAAUGCGGUGAUUGCCGAGUUGCCCGGUGAUCAUGCGGUGUUUGAGAAGGAUACGGGGACGGGUGGGAAGGCGUGA